AUGGACUCCGGUAGCGAAGAAGAAAGUGUUUUAGACGUUGGGGAAGAACAGUUAUUUGAAGAGGACUUAGAAGUUGACGAAUUCGCAGAAACUUUGAAGCUAAUCGAAUCGAACGCGAAGAAAUUGACCAGCAAUUGUUGGACGCGAUCAGCGAGGUUGGUGGUAAUAUGUUCAAAUGCUACUAUAUUCCAUUUUGCCACAUGGUUAUAUCAUGGUUUGUUUCUUGUAUAAAUAUAGGUAGAAGGAGCGAAGCACUUUCAAUGUCCAGACUGCCCAAAAGUUUGCAAGUCAAAGGGUGGUUUAACCAGGCAUCGUCGAAGCAAACAUCCUGAUAAAGAAGAGCUAACAGUGGCUACUAUAAACAUUCCACCUAUAAACAUGGAGAUUAUAGCAAAAAUCAUUCUGAAACUGUCGAGAAACUGCGAGAAGAAAACAUUUAUCCAAAGGAAAUUCUCGACAUUAUAUCCAAAUUGA